AUGCCAACAGCUGAGAGUUCUGUGGCCCAAGUUACAACAAAAAUAGAAGCUGAGAUCUCAGAGAGUAGUAGAAACAAUGCACUUGACAAAACAGACCCACAUUCAGAAAAAGAUACAGAUCCCAAUCAACCUCCUUCAAUAUAUAACAACCUACGGGAAAUCAUUGCAAAAUCACUUGGUGCCACUCAGAUAAGCAAUGGUCAACGUCUGUCAAAGACAAUCAACCAGGAUUAUUCCACUGUUACUUUUGGAUCAGCAGCAAAGUUGUAUCAGCCACCCAGUCUACUGAGGGGCUUCCAGACUUCCAAAUCCACUUCAGAUCAUAUUUUCGGUCGGUUGAAGCCCCAUUCAUUAAUUUCAGAUAAAGAUGAAGUGCUGGGAAGUCCAACAUUUCAGUCAACACUCAGUAUUGACUCAAGUGCACCAACCAGAGUCAACAAUGAGAAUAUUUUUGGAAGCUUAGCCUCAAUUACUGAAAAGGUCAAAGACAAUCCUAAGAACACAGACGUUGGUCCCUUUUCCUCGUCGAGUCUCAGUGGAUCUUUUUACUUUGAGAAUAAUGCAUCUGACAAAAAACCUAAAUUCCUUGACCAGUGUGACAGUGCCACCUGGGAAGAUUAUCCAAAUAAUUCCACUGGGUUCAAUAACCCUGUUGACAAUAGCACACCACUAGAAGAACACUUAAUUGAGAAGCCAACUAUUAAUGAUAAUCCUGCCUUUCAAUCUCUCUAUGACUCUAAAUCUCAUGACAGCAUCCCCAUCAAGCAAGAGGGUUCCAAGUCUUCAUGUCUCAUUGACAGUAAAUUGGAUAUUGCCUCACUCUUUGAUCAGGACAUUUACACUUCUGCUCUCAAUGAUGCCCUAAAAUCACUACCAUCAACUGCAUCCACUUCCUUUUUGAACAAUACCAGUGAAAAUACUGACCCCCUUCUGCCAUCAGCCACUGAUGUCAGUAACUCUCAACCAUUGCAGGAAAUACAAAAGUCAGAAAACUCUCCCUCUUCUUUUAUGUCAUCAGCAUCCACUAUGAUGGCAUCAUCUUCAAUGCCUUCAAUCAUGUCAAUGAUGGAUAACUCCCAGCUGGAUUUACUGACUGACACCAGUACCCCCACUGUAGCUGCAGUGACUGCUUCAGCCAAUGAUACCCCUUCUAUGGUACACACCUACAAGUGUAACCUUUGUUGUAUGGUGUUCUGUGAUUCCAAGCUGUUUGCCAAACACUUGGAUAAGCAUUCAAAGAGCCCAAAUCCAUUCAUGUGCACAGAGUGCGGAAAACAGUGCAGUCGUCAGUAUGAUCUGAAGGUCCAUGCAAGAACUCACACAGGUGAGCGGCCUUACAAGUGCAAGUUUUGUAAUCGUGGCUUUGCUAUUUCACGGAAUCUUGUUGCACACCUGCGAAUCCACACUGGUGAAAGACCCUACAAAUGUGAGACCUGCAGUAAAUCCUUUACACAGCAGAGUGCCCUGCGUACACACAGCCGUAUACACACUGGUGAAAAGCCCUACCUUUGCAAAGCUUGUGGCAAGCAGUUUGCUUACUCAUAUGUCCUUAAUUCCCACCUGCGCAAUUCUAAACUGUACCGUUGUGAUUAUUGUGAGGGUAUGUACAUUGGUGCAUGCACCAUGGCACAGCACAUGAAGUCACAUGAGAAUGAAAAUGGCAAACUUGACCCAUUGCUUCUUGAAAAAAAAUCAGCUCAUAAAGAUGGCCAGUUGAAAGAACCAACCAAUACUAAUGCUAGCAAAAAACAAGCCUCUCAGACAAAUCCAAAGUCCAAGAAGAACUCAAAGAAAAAGUUGGCAGUUUCAAAAGGCAAGGGUAAAGCUAACAACUUACUUUCUGAUUUGUACUCAGAAUUCCAAGAUCAACCAAUGCCAAACCUAGAUUAUUCAGACUUGUUGCAGAAUUCUGACCUUCUUUCUAAGUUUGAUGACCAAAGUGCUGGAUUUGAUACAAAGGGAGAUAACUCUGCAAAAGCAGGUAAUUUCCUCCCUUAUCAAACACUGCAAAGUAAGACUGAAUCACUUCUUGAUCAGAUUUCCUCAGAAGGAUACAAUGCUCAAAUUGCAGAAUAUGGGGAAGAACUGGAUAAAAUUUUUGAAGACAGCGUGGAUACUGCCUCUGGAAGCAAGCAAAACCCAGAACAAUCCCUGGCAAACAGUAGCCACCAAGGUGGUGGUUUUGGUGGAAAGCUAAAUUCGUAUUUCAAAUAUGCCAAACAUCUGUCCCAGCGUCAUCAUGCCAUGAUUUCUCGAAAAGUUAAAGCCAGGCCCAAAACUUAUAUCUGCUGGCACUGCCAGCAUGGUUUUGGUUUAUUCAAGAACCUUAGCAAACAUAUGGUCCAACAUUGGAAGAAGAAACGUAAAUUUAACUGUCAGCACUGCUUUAGGAAGUUCACAAAACAACAGGCAUCAGUUAUUCACCAGAAAAUUCAUGAAUUCAAAAAACGAUUCAAAUGUAAUGUUUGCAGCAAGGAAUUUGUUUAUGCAUCUAACUUGAGGCCACAUCAGAAACUUACACACUCUCUACAAUACCGGUUCAAACCAUUCAAGUGCCAGUACUGUCUUCAAACAUUUGGCCGUUAUUAUUUCUUCUCGACUCACCUCAAGUUGUCUCACCCAGAAAUUUCUCCGAAAAUAAGUUUUCAGAAUUCUUCAGUAGAUCCAAAGUUUUUGGUUCCACGGUCAGGAACUGAUUAUAGUAUCGCAAAUGACAAGCAGCAUUUAGCAGCUGCAACAAAUGUAGAAGAAAACACAAUCGUUAAAUCUGAAUACCAAAAAGAAGAUUUGGCUAAGGAAGCAAAUUUAAAAAAUUCUGAACAUCUGUUAACGGUGAAUCCAGUCAAGAAACGCAGAACUGGUCGUCAAAAAUCUAACAACCAAAUUGUAGUUUAUCUGAAUGAUGAGGUUGAAAAUGAUAGCAAGAGAAAAAAACAGCUGCCUGCAGACUUUACUGAAACAAGUGGCAUAAUUACCAGACAUGCUAGCAAUGGUGGCGGAUGCAAUUUCUCCUGCACAUUUUGUGACCGGUCAUUCAACCAGCGCCACCAGCUCAUUGUGCAUCUUCGCAUUCACACUGGUGAAAAACCCUACAAGUGUACUUGGUGCCAAAAGGCCUUUCGGGUUUCCAAUGACCUUAAUGUGCACACCCGCAUUCACACAGGGUAUCGUCCCUACCACUGUAAAAUCUGCGAUAAAACAUUCACGGUCCUACGGAACCUAUCCACCCACAUGCGGGUACACACAGGUGAAAGACCAUUCCAGUGUAAUAUCUGUGCCAAACGCUUCUCUCAGAAAUCUGCCCUCACUGUACACCAGCGCAUUCACACUGGGUCAAAACCUUUCAAAUGUGAGCUGUGUCCACAAUCAUUUGCCCAUUCUUCUAGCCUCCGACAGCAUAAACAACGUCACCAAAAUAAUCAGUUUGUGGAGAAGGAGUUUUGGUGUACCAUUUGUAGACAAGCAUUUGCAGAUUACUCAGAACUAGUUGUCCAUGUUGAAGAACAUUCAAAUAAUUCACAAGGCUCUGAUAAUGUGGUGAAGAUCAAGCUUGAAGGUUGCUCCAGUCCUUCCCAAAUUGCAGCAUCCACAACGCCUGAUUAUCUAUCCCCUGCCAAAAGUCACUAUAGCUAUCAGAAUGCAAGAAGUUUGGUCAAAGACCAGUCAGAUGUUGUUUUUAGUAACCAGGGAUUUAUUAACAAUGAUGGUGCACCUACUAUAAAAGCAGAGCCUGAAGCUGUUAACAUAAUGGAAUCUCUCAAGUUCAAAGCCUUGACUGAUGACGAUGAUGAUUACAACGGACAAUCAACCCCAUCUGCUGACCCGGCUCUUUCAAAUGACAAUGUGAAAAAGGCCAUACAAUAUCAGACUUCUAGCAGUCGCCGCAAAAAGUCCAAAGUUUCCCAGGUACUUUCACCAGAAGCAAUGAUAUAUCCACCUUCUGACAUGAAUUUGAAUGUUUCUAAUGCUGACUACAGCGAAAAUUUCCAGAAAGAAGAAUUCCAACCUUCAUUGGAAAACGAUAAUGGCAUUUCUUGUUCAUAUUCCUGUGAGGAAUGUGGAAAGGGUUUCAGUCUGAAAAGGCAACUGCAAGCCCACAUUAGAACCCAUGCAGACAAAAAACCUUACAUAUGUCAGUUUUGCAAUAAAUCAUUCCAAAAUGCAAAUAAUUUCAAAGUUCAUCCUUGCAGCCACACUGAUGAAGGUCCCUACAAAUGUGAAAUGUGUGGGCACAGUUUCCCAAUUUUACUGAACCUUACUGCUCACAUGAGAACACACAUGGGUGAGCGCCCCUUCAGAUGUGAAUACUGCAGUAAGCAAUUCUCUCAGAAGUCUGCUCUUACCAUACACAUCAGGACACACACAGGAGCAAAGCCUUUUAAGUGCCAACUCUGCGACCAGACAUUUACUUACUCUUACAGCCUCAAUGUUCACUACAAACACCAGCAUAACAUGACCACAGGUGCUGGCAAGGUUCAGGACCAAUCAGUAGCUGGUAAAGUUUUCAAAUGUGACGAAUGUAAUCAGACUUUUGCUAAUAGUAGCAUGCUUAGUGUUCAUCGGCGAAUACACAAACCUCAGAACCAGAAUAGAGGGAGACGGCGAAGAUAUUCUAGCAAUCAAUCUCGAGUGACUUAUGAUAGUAAGCUACCUGAAGAGUAUCUAUCAUUGUCUUAUGACGAAAGAAAGGGUGACUUGGUAGAGGUGCAAGCAGGUUUGAAUUUGCCUAACUUUGACCAAGACAAUUCUGCAGAAGGGGCUUCUAAGGAGCCAUUACCAGAAAAUGGCAUGAACAGUUAUCAGUCACAGACAACACGGUUCCGUAUCACUGAUCGAAUGAAUUUGCGAAGUAAACAACCAAAAUGUUCCAGGAGCACUCCAAACCAACCAGGAAAAGAUAUUCCAGUAGAAGAAUAUAGCAAAGAGUCACUUGAGACCACAGAUGUAUCGGAUCAAAAGAACCUGUUAGAACUUCAAGAUGCUCUCAAUGUUUCCUCGCAAGGAAGCGAAUCAGUGUGCAACGUGUGCGGCAAGUCAUUUAGCCAACGAGCACACCUGAAUGCACACUACCGCAUUCAUACAGGUGAGAGGCCUUACAGAUGCCGUUGUUGCACAAAGGCAUUUCGUGUGCGCAGUGACCUGACAGUGCACGUUCGUACGCACACUGGGGAGCGACCUUACAAAUGCAGGUUCUGCCCAAAAGCCUUUUCCAUUUCACGUAACCUAACUGCCCAUCUUCGAACACAUACAGGAGAAAGGCCAUUUCCAUGCCAGCACUGCAGCAAGCGUUUCACCCAAAAGUCAGCUCUGACUGUGCACCUGAGGACUCACACUGGGGUACGACCUUAUAUAUGCAUGCAGUGUGGUGAGACAUUUGCAUAUUCACACAGCUUAAAGGUGCACAUGAAGAAUCAUGAUAAAUCAGACUCUUUUAAUCAAUUUACCAAUACCACUGGGAACCGAUCAAGAAAGAAUAAUGCAACAUCAAACAAACUUCUUGGGAAUUAUCAGCAAAAUACCCAAGAUCAAAAUUCAAAUUGCAGCCCCAGCAAGUCUACAAGAAAUAGUACCCGCAACAUUGCCCCAAAUGUAAUGCAGGAACAAUCACCACCACCCGUGGCCAGCAGUAGCAACAACAACCGCCCCUAUUCUUGUCAAGUCUGUGGAAAAUCAUUCAUGCAAAAUUCACAGUUGGUUGCCCAUCUGCGCAUUCACAGUGGUGAGAGGCCUUACCUUUGCAGGUGGUGCCCAAAAACAUUCCGUCUCUCCAGUGACCUCACAGUGCACCAACGUGUGCAUACAGGCGAGAAACCCUACAAGUGUGAGCAGUGUGGCAAGACAUUUUCCAUCUCGCGUAACCUCAUCACCCACAUGCGAACACAUACGGGGGAACGGCCAUUCCAGUGUCUGUGUUGCAACAAAAGAUUCACACAGAAGUCAGCACUUACAGUGCACAUGAGGACCCACACUGGGGCCACACCUUACAAGUGUGAUGUAUGCCGGGAGACAUUUGCAUAUUCCAGCUGUCUUUCUUUGCACAAGAAACACAAGAAAGCAAUUGACUGCAAUCAUUGUGGUGAAGUCCUUCUUGGCAAGUGUGCCUUCAGAUCUCAUAUGCAGACACAUGAAACAGAUAAAACAUUCCUAAUAAGGGAGUAA